AUGCCCCGAUUUCGCAUGUCCGAGAUCCGCAAGCACGAUGCCAAGUCAACACAUCCCUGGGUCACCCACGGCGACAAGGUCUACGACAUCACGGAGUGGAUUUCUGCUCACCCUGGCGGCCAAGUCAUUCUACGAGCUGCUGGUGGCUCAAUUGAGCCCUACUGGAACAUAUUCACCAUCCACAAGAACCAAUAUGUCUAUGACAUACUCAACCAGUACCUCAUUGGCUAUAUUCACCAGGCUGAUCUAGUCGACGGCAAGCCCGCCCAGGAGACGAUCGAAGACCCCUUUGCCGACGACCCGGUCAGACAUCCUGAUCUCAUUACCCGGACAAUGAAGCCUCGCAAUGCCGAAACCCCUGAGCAAGCUCUCAGCGCCCAAUUCAUCACCCCCAAUGAGCUGUUCUACGUCCGCAACCACAUGUGGGUGCCCAAGCUCACUCCCGAUGAGGCUGAGGCACACAUCUUGACGGUGGAACUGCCCGACGGCACCACAAAGGAGUACACCCUGCGCGAUCUCAAGACCAAGUUCGCUGAGAAGAAAAUCACUGCUGUGCUGCAGUGUUCUGGAAACCGUCGGAGCCACAUGAGCCGAGGGUCCGGCCGUGCAACAAACGGCUUGCAGUGGGAAGCCGGCGCGAUUUCCAAUGCCACGUGGGAGGGUGUUUUGCUAUCUGAUAUCCUCGCUGAUGCCGGCUUCGACGCCGCCACCGUGAGAAACGGCACCAGCGAGGCGCAGCAUGUGCACUUCUCUGGUAUGGAGGCAUACGGGUCGUCUAUCCCCAUCAAAAAGGCCGUGGAUCCUCAAGGCGACGUGCUGUUGGCGUACGGCAUGAACGGCAAGCCUUUACCAAGAGAUCACGGCUACCCAUUACGAUCCAUCGUGCCUGGGCAUGUCGCCGCUCGGUCAGUCAAGUGGCUUAGUCAAAUCACUCUCAGCGAUGAGGAGAGCCCUAGCCAGUGGCAGCGAAAGGACUACAAGUGUUUUGGCCCCAACCAGACAAAGGUCGACUGGGAGAAAGCUCCGGCCAUCCAGGAGUUGCCCGUCCAGAGUGCCAUCACCGGUGUCAAGCUCGGCGAGUGGACAACGCCGAGUCAAGAAACGUCAAGCGACUCAGCUGAGCCUGCGAAAGAGGUUGCUCUCAACGGGUAUGCCUAUUCUGGCGGCGGACGAUCAGUCAUUCGCGUCGAUGUCUCUCUUGACGAUGGAAAGAGCUGGUCACAGGCUAAUCUGCUGCCGGAUGAGGAGUCAAAAUAUGACGGCAAGUCUUGGAGCUGGAAGCGAUGGACGUUUAACGGUGCGGUGCCUUUGGAGGCGUUCAAAACUCCAGAAGACGGGGCUGCGGGUAAGGAAACCGACGACGAUAAGAACACCAUUAGGAGAGGCUCUGCAAGAAGACCAGCCAACGAGAGUUCCCAGCACACAAAAAGCAACAGGAGGUGCACUACCGUUGCCAUCAAGGCCACAGACGAGGUUUACAACACACAACCCGAGAGCCAUGCCGCAACGUGGAAUUUCCGUGGGAACCUCGCUACUGCCUGGCAUCGCGUGCAAGUCUGCACCGACUGCUCUCCCAACGCCAUUGUUUUGAAGAAGUAUUCUGACGACGAUAAGAAAUCAUCACAUGAGAAGUCAUGAAAGAAGGGAGGGCAUGAAUAUGGAUAUUAGAAUUGGGUAUAAAAUUUUUCUUUUUUCGUUUUCUCUUUUUCUCUUUUUCUUCUUUAGUCUGGGAGCGUAUGCAUACAUCGCAUAGGUAGAGAGACAUAGGGCAGGAGUUGGAUGUCGUUUUGUGUAUAUAUACCCUUUCAUCAUGUUAAGACUAACGGACUGUUACUUGGCUAAAUCUUAUCACCUGAAUCGAAAAUUGCCAUUC